CAUAACUGGGAUGAUGUAACCGCUGGCGGCUCGGGAGGGGCUGGGCGGAGGCACCGGGAGCGCGGGGCCGCGGGACUCUGCGUGCGGCGUGCGCCCCACCAUGCUCCUCUACCGCAGCGCCGCGUGGUUCGCCAAGGGGCUGCGCGAAUACACCAAGAGUGGCUAUGAGUCUGCUUCCAAGGACUUUGUCCCUGGUGACUUGGAGGUCCAAGUUCCUGGGAGAUCCUUCUUGGUCACCGGCGGAAACAGCGGCAUUGGAAGAGCGACUGUCAUCGAGAUAGCCAAGCGAGGUGGCACAGUUCACCUGGUUUGUCGCGAUCAGAACCGAGCAGAAGGUGCCAGAGGUGAGAUCAUCAGGGAGAGCGGUAACCGGAACAUCUUCCUGCACAUUGUGGACUUGUCUGAUCCCAAGGCAAUCUGGAAAUUUGUGGAAAAUUUCAAGCAGGAACACACACUCCAUGUCCUGAUCAAUAAUGCAGGCUGCAUGGUCAAUAAAAGAGAGCUCACGGAAGACGGACUUGAAAAAAACUUUGCCACCAACACUCUGGGUGUGUAUGUCCUCACGACUGCCCUGAUCCCUGUGCUGGAGAAAGAACACAACCCCAGAGUGAUAACAGUCUCCUCUGGAGGAAUGUUGGUUCAGAAACUGAAUACCAACGACCUACAGUCAGAAAGGACAGCUUUCAGUGGAACUAUGGUCUAUGCACAAAACAAAAGGCAGCAGGUGGUUCUGACGGAGCACUGGGCCCGAGCGCACCCGGCCAUCCACUUCUCCUGCAUGCAUCCUGGCUGGGCCGACACCCCAGGCGUGCGGCUCUCCAUGCCAGGGUUCCACGCCAGCAUGGGGGACAGGCUGCGCUCUGCGGCCCAGGGCGCGGACACCGUGCUGUGGCUGGCCCUCGCCCCCGCCGCCACCGCGCAGCCCAGCGGCCUCUUCUUCCAAGGUGACUUCCUCCCCGGGUGUGAAGGUGCCCAGGACCCUCCUUCCCCAGACCACCCUCCUCUCCAUGAAACUCGGAUCGGAAACCAGUGCCCACACACUUGCCUCUUGCUAGGACAUCGUCCUCACCGGCUGAAGAGGAGAAAUUAAUUGAAAUCCUGGAAGAGCUGGCUCAGAGAUUUAAAUAGGCCAGGCCAGACCCACCAUGGGAAGGUGUGGACCAGAGGCCAGUGAGCAGACCCCACUUCUGCUUCCCCCCACGGCCCUGGAGGUUGGCUCAUAUUCCACUGUUGCACUUUGAGCUGGUUUCCCCUGCAUCUACAGUCACAGAAAUUAACCCCAUUCCUUAUAAAGCCCAGUCUUGAAGGCUUGAUCCACCACCACCUCACCGUGGGACCACAGGUCGGGUUACUUACCCUCUGGGGCUUCAUUUUCCCUGGCAGUAAAGAAGAUUAUAGUGGUGCGUACCUCA